GGAAAGAUUCAGUUGAUAGUCAGUAUUAAAGCGCAUUGUUCAUCGGUUGAUUGUUUCACUUGUUCACAAUUGACUUGCUUCAAAACUCCUCUUCCAGUUUUAAUUGAGUUAACUAACUGAUUUUAUAAUCUGUUUUAAGUUUUAGAUAGACAAAAUGGAUUCAAGAUUCAAUGUUUUCAUUGUUUGCCUUGCCAUUGGAGUUACUUUUGUUAAUGGACAACGACCAAGUCCAGGAGGAUGUCCAAAAAUCACCUCAAAUGCCAUGAACAACACAGCUAAAUUCGAUAUAAACAAGUACGCUGGAAUCUGGUACGAGCUUGAGAGGUCAUUCAAUGUUUUUGAGAUUGGAUUACGAUGUAUUACAGCUGAAUAUCUAGCUAAAUCUGACGGUACAGUUGGUGUAGUUAAUCGUGGAAUUUCCAAAUGGGGACAAAAAGUUACCAUCGAAGGCUCGGGUCGAGUUGCUGAUAGAUCAAAGCCAAGUUAUCUUAAAGUUGCCUUUAAAUAUUCUCCUGAGGCUCCAUACUGGAUUGCUGAUACCGAUUACACCAACUAUGCCAUAGUCGUCUCUUGUUCUGAUUUAUUUGGCCUUUUCCGAGUUGAUUCAAUUUGGAUUCUGAGUCGAACCCCAGAUUUACCUCAAUCAACGAUGGAUGCUCUCCACAGUUAUGUUGACCGAUUGGGUUUGAGUUCAUCAGCUCUUAGCCGUGUUGAUCAAAGCAACUGUCCCAAUUGAAACUAAGAAUUGACCAUUUCGCAAAUUUAUCUAUCAACUGUUACCAGAGUUUUGCCAUUUAAUCGGGAAAAAUUCGAAAGAAAUCGUCCAUUAUUCCUAUCUUUUCUCGUUCUUCCUUGUAUUUUCAAAUAAAUUGAGAUAUCAUUUAUCAUAUUUGA